UAUUAGUAGACAAAUCAACUACUGAGAGUUUAAUACCCUUAUAUUGAUGUUGUUUCUGAAUCUGUUGAAUCUGUCAUGUUGACUGAAGUGUUUUUGAUGAUCAGUUGGCACGCCACAGAAAAAAUCUUCAGCAGAGUUUAAAACCUGGCCCAGACCCUACCAUAGAAGGAGAGGCAGCGCUUCUAUACUAUGCCAACCACACCGCUCAGAUAGAGAUCGUCCGCCAUGACCGCACAAUGGAGCAGAUCGUGUUUCCUGUGCCCAACAUCUGCGAGUACUUAACAGAAGAAUCAAAAGUGCGUGUGUUCACCACAACAGAGCGAGAUGACCAGGGCAGCAAGGUCAAUGACUUCUUCCAGCAGUUUGAUGACCUCUACAAUGAGAUGAGGUGGCAGAAGAAAAUAAGAAAUAAUACACCACUUUUCUGGGUGUCAAAACAUAUAUCUCUAUGGGAGAGUAUCUCCUUUAACAUGGCUGUGCUAAUCAACUUGGCUGUCGCUCUUUUCUACCCAUUUGGAGAUGAUGGAGAUGAAGGUGUCUUGCCACCGUUCUUGUCCAUCUUGCUUUGGGUGGCAGUGGUCGUGAGCACCUUCACGUUGUUUGUUCUUCCCCAGCGUGGAGGUAUCCUGGCGUUCCUGGUCACCAUCAUCUUCCGUUCUAUUUACACGCUGGGCUUAGGACCCACACUGCUGCUUCUGGGAGCCGCCAACAUAAAAAAUGAGAGCGAUUUCAUGCCUCUCUCCCAGCCAACUGGAGCUUCAGCCAUCAAACUGCUGACACUUCCCUCUGUUGUGUCAGUCUGUUUGCGUCUGCUCAAGCUGGCGUCUCCUCAGCCAUUAUGGCACCACAUGAAGAACCAACAGAGACAUGUGCUGAAACAGAUUCUAGGAGUCUGGGAUCUGUUAUACUACACGCCACUCGCCACGUCUUCUAGUGGUCACCACAAACGGUGUUUAUUCUCGCUGCAAGUGAACUC